UAAUCGAAAAUUCACUUCGAUUCCCGCGCAAAGAGGCCAAAUUCGCGAUUAAUUUAUUUUCCGUCCGCCAACGUUCCCGUCCAAAGCGCCGACUCGGAUCUAAAAUUUCUCGCAGGCGCUUGGACUCCAAAAGCUAUUUUUUUCUGGCGAUGACCUCAAUACGCGUCUCAGUCGCAGCGGGGCUAGACGAGAGUCGCCACCCACCCCUAUCGAUCUCCUUCUCAGACGCAAUUUAAUCAUACAAUUAGGGCCAGUUUCCGCAGUAAAUCGUGGGCCAAAGUGACUUCCUGCGAUAAAAAUGUCGCACAGCGUGACUGUCACUCGCACGACCACCACAACCACCACCUCGGCCAUCCUCAUCAACACUGGCUACUUCAAGGCAGUGCCUGGCCUUCUUAAACUUGGACAAGUGAUUUUGGGGACGAUCAUUAUCGGCUUGGUGGCCACAACCCUUUCUCGCUACAACAAUUACUAUUACUCGGGCAGCGAGGAGCUCUUCUUCUUUGUGACGGCGUGCGCCUGUUUGAUAGCAACGGGCUGCCUCCUAAUAUCAUGCCUGCUCUCCAUUUCCACGGCCAGCAUCAUCAGCAAAACCAUUUUUCUGCUGAUGCUGCUGGUCCCCCUUACCUUGAUGUACCUGAUCGCGGCCACCCUGGUGCUGGUCACUGUAGUCGCGCGCAACUACGGCCACAAAAUUUACGAGGAUGAGUUUUCCACCAGAAUUCACGCCGCCAUACUCGGCUUGUUCAACACAAUUCUCUAUUUGGCAAGCACCAUCCUGGCUUUCAAAUCAUACAGGGGAGGUUAAGCUGCUAAUUGAUGCAGAUAAACGCAACAUCAGCAUACUCUCUCUUGAAAAUAUAAUUUGGACUAUUAAAAUUUAAAACGCUAGCUAAUUAAAAUAUAGCAAAAAUAUGCACUAAGAGAUCUGCCAAGAUCUGCUUUAAAUGUGGAGGCCUUUAUUAGACAUAAAAAGCAAAUUGAUGUGUUCAUUUUUUGUGACUAAAAAUCGCACAAUCUCUCCAUUCUCUCUUAAUCUUAAAAAUACUAUUUUCAAAAUCGAUAUAUAAAUUUUCUGAAACCUAAUGAUUAUUUACAAGCAUUUGUUGCAAAAAAUUACAAGCUGAAGCUUAUUUUUGGCACCAAAUAAUUUUUUAAAAUGUUAAUAAAACUAUGUACUUAAAAUGUCAAAUGUUAGUAAAUAUCUAAUAAAUAAUUCAAAUAUAUAAUUGU